CUUCUAGUGCCCCCUUACUACUCUGAAGCUCCCUUCAUAGACUCCUCCACCCCAGAAUCUUCUGACAGAUAUGUCUAGGAGUCAGUUUGGACAGGGGAAGAAACCUCUAGAUAUAUUUUUCUGGGUAAAUGAGAUAACCGGAGAAAUCACCUACCCCCCAGAGAACCCUGACACACCUGCGGCUGCUGAGAAACAGGAGAGGACCGUCGCCCAGCACGGGGCCACUCAGGAGGCGGUUCAGAGGCCCCUGGGCCCAGCCACAGCGCAAAGGCCUGCCCCUCCACCCACUCUUGAUGCUCCGCUGAAAGACCCGGACUCUACAAACUUCCUCCGAUCUCCGCCAGCCUUCAGCCAGACUAAAGCUGGAGCAAGGAGCCCGCCGCCUUUUGCAGCAAUCCCUGUCACCAUCUCACCCCCAGGAGGGGCUCUGCCAGCACAGGGUCCCCUUGGACCAGCCCCUCUACCCUUACCUGCCACGUGCAAUCCCUGUCACCAUGUCACCCCCAGGGGGGACUCUGCUAGUCCGAGGCCCCCUUGGACCAGCUCCUCGGCUCCUACUGGCCAGAUUUUCUCCCAGCCCUUCUCCCACCUUGGCCUUCACCGGCAAACUGAAAAAUGUCCUUACUGGGAAUAACCGAUUUACCUUUUGAACCUUGAGAGCAUUUGUCUGGCUACACCCUUUAAGUACCUUUCUGAGCAUCAGAGCCAGAGCAACCACCUACCUAUACCUCACCUCUGUGAGGGCCCCAUCUACCACCUGCUCCGGAAGUACAAGAAUCUCCCAGGGUUCUGAGCAAUCUGCCACAUGCUUUCAACUGAAUAUAAAAUUUGACUUAGAUUUUGA